AUGGCCUCCCACCAAAACACCGGGGUCAAUGAGCUGCACUCAUCAGAGGUAGGGCACACGAUCACGCCAGCCAGCGAUGUUGAGGCAUCUAGCGCCAUAGAGAAGAUCGCAUCGGUCAACCAAAUGAACACAGAAGCCGACGACGAUGCGUCAAAGCCUCCUGAAACGUCGAGGCCGGACGCAUCUGCUCAAGCAGGUGUCCAAAAGGUUCAAGCCAUCACCCUGAGCUGGACCAGGGUCUCGCUCGCGGCCUUACUAUGCCUUAUCUGGAUGCUCUUCCUCGUCAAUGGGUUCAGAGGCGCCAUCAUGGCGAGUCUGCUACCAUACGUGACGAGUGACUGGCAGUUGCAUUCCUUGUUGAAUGUAGUGGGAAUUGUCUCCAGUUCAAUGACCGCCGCCGUCUACAUCCCCAUGGCCAAGGUCCUCGACGUCUGGGGUCGAGCUGAGGGUUUCCUGCUCAUGAUGUCGUUCUCCGUCGUUGGCCUGGCCAUCGCGGCGGGCUCACAGAAUUUGCCUACUUUCUGCGCCGCGCAGGUCUUCUAUUCGAUCGGAAAUUCGGGCGUUACCUAUGUGAUCUGUGUGCUUGCUGCAGACGUGACGAACCUUAAGAAUCGAGGCCUGGCUUUCGCUUUCACGUCAUCGCCUUACAUGAUUACGGCCUUUGCAGGUUCAAAAGCGGCUGAAGGCUUCCUGCUGAAUGUCAACUGGCGCUGGGGCUUUGGCGCUUUCGCUAUAAUACUGCCUGUGGUGGGAGUCGCGCUCUUUGGCGUGCUCAGACGCGCCCAGACCAAGGCGCUGAAGAAUGGUCUCCUCGUUAAAGAGAAAAAUGGUCGGACUAUCUUGGAGACUGUCAGGUGGGCUAUCAUUCAGCUCGACGUGCUGGGUGUCUUGCUAUUCUCAUGCGGCCUGACAACCUUCCUGCUCCCUUUCACCCUGGCGACAUCCGCACCCAAUGGCUGGCGGACCGACUACAUUAUCGCCAUGGUGGUCGUUGGUUUUGUACUGCUCGCCAUCUUCACGUUACAGCAGAUCUACAUUGCCCCAGUGCCAUUCCUCAAUGGUCGAUUUCUGCUUGAUCGCACUGUCGUCGGCGCGUGUCUGAUCAACUUCACAUAUCAAAUCAGUUAUUACUGCUGGAAUCGGUACUUUACAUCGUUUUUGCAGGUUGUCUACAACCUCCCCGUCGCAGAAGCUGGCUACAUCAACUCGACCUUCCAGGUCGUGUCCGGUGUGUUGGCGUUCAUCAUCGGCUAUGCCAUCAGACGCACAGGCCGAUUCAAGUGGGUGUUCUAUGUCGCUGUGCCCAUCUAUGUCUUUGCCCUCGGCCUCAUGAUCCACUUCCGGGUCCCCAACGGCAACAUCGGAUACAUCAUCAUGUGCGAGAUCUUCAUCUCGAUCGGCGGUUCCAUCUUCAUCCUCUGCUGCCAGCUCGCCGUCCUCGCCGCAGUUGAUCAUCAACACAUCGCAGCCUCGCUGGCCGUACUGUUCGUCUCCGGCACCAUUGGCGGUGCCGUUGGCUCGACCGUCUCAGGAGCCAUUUGGACCAAUACAUUUCCCAACGCCCUGGCGCGCAACCUCCCCGAAAGCGCGCUACCCAACAUUGCGGUGAUAUACGGCGAUAUCACGACGCAGCUGUCGUACGCAGUGGGCAGUCCAGAGCGUUAUGCGAUUCAGGAAUCCUACGGCUAUGCGCAGGUACGGAUGCUGGCUGCGGGCACUGGAAUCAUGUCGUUGUCGUUUAUCUGGAUGUUCAUGAUCAGGAAUUACAACGUUGCGAAGAUGACACAGACCAGGGGUGUAGUAUUCUAA